AUGCUGGUGAUGGCUCCGUUUGUUCUGACAUUUGACAAGUUCAGGCGACUAGGCCAACACUUUGUGAACAACAUUUGGGCGUGUGUCAGCACCUUCCCCUUCUACCGAGUUACGAUCGAGGGCCGGGAAAACCUGCCGCCGCCAGACAAGCCAGUGGUAUAUGUGGCGAACCACCAGAGCUUCCUGGACAUCUACUCUCUGUUCCAUCUGCAGCGGCCCUUCAAAUUUAUUUCCAAAACAAGCAACUUUCUUAUUCCCAUUAUCGGCUGGAGCAUGUUUCUGACAGGUCACGUGAUGAUCAACCGGGUGGAUCGUCGUAGUCAGCUCAAGUGCCUGCAGCAGUGCCGGGAGCUGCUGGAGCAGGGGGCCCCCGUGCUGUUCUUCCCGGAGGGCACGCGCAGUCUGGAUUGCCGGCUGGCUGGCUUCAAGAAGGGCGCCUUCAGUGUGGCCGCCAAGGCCGGAGUAGACGUGGUGCCCGUCACCCUCAUUGGCACGGGCUCGCUGAUGCCGAGCGGGAAGGAGUCCCAGCUGCGGCCUGGGGAGGUGCGGGUGGUGGUGCACAAGCCCAUCCCCACCUCGGGCCGUACAGCCGACCAGCUGUGCGACGAGGCGAGGGCCUCGGUGGCGUCUGCUCUCCCGCCGGAGCUGCUCCCGCCACUAGGCCCGCAGCCCCCAGCCCAGCCGCAUCUUUCCCACGCCCUCUUGGGGAGCCAGCCGGAUCAGCCGCAGCAGCAGUGUCUUCUGCUGGGCCAAGCCGCGCGCCAUACACUAUCACACAGGCCGCGGAGUCAGCUCCCCGCACCCCCCGGCCCCAGACACACGAUGCUGGUCUAUCGCAACACCUUCGGUGCCGUCUGCAUGCGCUUCCACAAGACAGAUGUCGUAACGGUCCGAACCAACGGUGACGUGGUACUUACAAGCGGCGGCUUUCACACCCGUACUACGUACUGCACCAUACAAGAGGCUCUGGAGCCCUUGGGCCUUACCUUGCAGGGCACGGGGCCUGAGGGCCGAGGGGAGUGGUCGGUGGUGGCAUCGGACGGCAGUCGUACACCCUGGGAGGACGGUAUGGUGAUUCCAGCCAAGACCGAUGCGGACCGGGGGCGAGGGCAGCGGCUGUUGGAUGCGUACGGCGUGGUGGCACCGUCAGCGGCGGCGGCGGCGAGGGCUGCAGCGGGCUUUGGGACGGCGGCGGCGUCCGCGGGCUCCGCCGCCGUACCCCGCACCGCCGAGUCCAUCUCCAACCUUCAGAAAUUGCUCGACGUCGCCCUCGCGAUGAAGGACGACGCCGCGGCGGAGGCCAGCGGUGGCGGUGGCAACGGCGGCGGCAACGGCGGCGCCACGUUGGCCGGCGGCGACGGCACUGAGGAGCUGGAUGACGAGCACGCGUGUAUCGCCUGCAUGGCGGCCCUCAAGACGACGUUGCUGAUCCCUUGUGGCCACAUGGUGAUGUGCGGGCCGUGUGCCGAGCAGACCUCCGGUACACCUCCGGAGGGCAACGCAACUCAGGAAUUGUAACACACACAUACAUG